AUAUCAUAUACUGUAUAAAAUAUAAAAAUCGGAACUAUAUCAAAUGUAGGCUAAAUAUGUUGGCAUCAAAAAGUGACAGAAUCUAGCUAGCUAUCAACAAAAAUCAUAUAAUUCAGUUUGGAAUCAUGUUUUCCAUGGGAGAACAAGAAAAAAAAAUUGAAAAUAGAAAGAAAUAGAUACAGCAUGAUUGUGAGGAUAAACAAAAUGAAAAUGGAAGUGUGAUGGUUGAAUGAUUCAAAGCUUGCGACGGCAUUAAACAUUAAACUCUUCCCAAGCCACUGACUGGAUUUAUAUAGUAGGCCUUCUGCUAAUCAUUAAGAACAAUAAAAAGUGACGUCAACCAGCAUCACGUAAACUACCUGCCUCUCUUCUAUGGAGUGAGGGCCCAGAAGAGCAACCGCUUGGACAGUGGUAGCAAGCAUGGACAAGCAAGAGAGCAGACCGACAUGGAGCAGCCAGAUCGAGUUCACCUUGGCGGGCAUUGGCUCCGCCGUGGGGCUUGGCAACAUUUGGAGGUUCCCUUACCUCUGCUUCAGGAGUGGAGGAGGUGCAUUUCUGGUACCAUACUUUCUUAUGCUGGUUGUGUUGGGGAUCCCUCUGCUCCAUAUGGAGUUAACGAUUGGACAAUAUACAAAAAGAGGACCUAUCCAUGCUCUUGCUCAACUAUGCCCACUUUUAAAAGGUGUCGGAAUAGCAUCCGUGGCCAUUUCCUUCAUCAUGUGCACGUACUACAACGUGGUCAUUACUUGGGCCCUGUACUAUCUGUUCAGCUCCUUCCAAGUGCCGCUUCCCUGGCAGGGUUGCAACAACACGUGGAACACUCCGAACUGUACAGAUCAGGCCACAAAUGGCAGCUACUCGUCUCCGGCCAGCCAGGAAUUCUUCAAAUAUAAGAUGCUGCAGCAAACGGGGGGAAUCGAGGACGCCGCAGAGAUACGGUGGGACCUUUUCCUUAUCCUCGUGCUGGCUUGGAUCCUCAUCUAUCUUUGCAUCUUCAAGGGGACCAAAUCCACAGGCAAAGUGGUGUACCUCACAGCGUUGCUCCCAUAUGUUAUCCUCAUUGCCCUGCUGGUCAAUAAUGUGCAGCUUCCUGGGGCAAUUCAGGGUAUAACCUUCUUCAUUGUGCCAGAAUGGGACAAGCUCCUCUCAGUGGAAGUUUGGGUGAACGCUGCAGCCCAGAUCUUCAACUCCAUCGGUAUAGGAUUCGGUUUCCUCAUGGCCAUGGCCAGCUAUAACACUUUCAACAACAACAUUAUGAAGGACACACUGACGAUAUCCAUCGUCAACUCCCUCACCAGUAUUCUGUCAGGAUUUGUCAUAUUCUCGGCUUUUGGCUACAUGUCUCAUCUGCAGGGCAUUCCGGUGGCCCAGUUGGCUGUGGAUGGUCCAGGACUUGUAUAUGUUGUUUAUCCACAAGCCUUUACCAGUAUGCCACUACCUCAACUGUGGGCCGUGUUGUUCUUCUCCAUGCUGCUUUUCCUCGGAAUUGACAGCGAGUUUGCCAUGGUUGAAGUGAUGGUGACCAGUCUGAUGGAUCAAUCCAAUCAGCGUCUGCUGAAGUUCUUCAAGAAGAAAGAGCUGUUAGUUCUUGCAGUUUGUGGAAUCGCGUGUCUUCUUGGAAUCCCGAAUGUGACGCGGGCGGGGAUUUAUGUUUUCCAGCUGAUGGAUCAUUACACUGCCAUCGUGUCCAUCAUGUUCCUUGCAUUUUUUGAGGUGAUAGGCAUUUGCUGGCUUUAUGGUGUGAAUCGAUUAUCCGACAACCUGGAAGAGAUGACGGGGAAAAGGCCCAGCAUCUUCUUCAGACUGUGUUGGCAAAUCAUCGCCCCUUUUCUGAUCACUGUUAUCCUCAUUUUUUCCAUUAUCCAGUUCAAACCAGCUCGCUACGAAGGCUACGUCUUCCCUCCCUGGGCUCAAGGGCUUGGCUGGGUCAUUGCACUGGCCUCCAUCAUUUGGAUUCCGCUGGCAACCAUUCACACUUUGUGGGUGCUUCCUGGCUCCUUUGUGCAGAAACUCAAGUUGUCCAUCACACCAUACGCCCUGAAUGAAAAGUCCAAAAUGCCGUACUAUGAAAGGGGAGGAAGUGAUAGAAACCCAACCGUGACCGCAAUCUGCAACAGCAUCCGUCUACAAUAAAACCUGCCGAAUGAGGCCGGCCGGCUAAAGGGAUCUUUUUGCUUUGUGGAGUGGCAAUGGUCAGGUUAUUGUUUUGUGUUGAGCAAAUCAGUGUCAAUUAUUUUCAUUGCGUGCACUCUCGGUGUUAAACACUGCUGCUCUAUGCUGAUGCAUAAUACACCAAAUGUGAUGGCUCAAACGUUUUACUACCUUGAACUCAAGAGUUAUAAUGUCACAUGCAACAGCAGGAAUGAGUUGUAAAUACUGUAGUUUUACUGUACUGUAUUUGUAUUUAACUAUAGCAUUCGAAUGCAACGAUGAUAGUAUUUCAAAUGACAAAAAUCAGUUCUACAGCAGACAUUUUUGUGAGCAGAAACUUUGGUAACACUUUAUAAUAUGUACAUACUGAUCAGCAUUAAGUAAAUACUGAGUUAAUCAUUUAUAAAGCAUUUUUCUGACAUGAAUAAUCAUUCGUAUGUAGUUAGUAAAAAUAACUAGACUUUUUUUAAACAUGCUUUAUAAAUAAUGAGUUAAGUAUUUACUAAUGCUUAACGAAUACUGAUUAGUGUGUACUGAUUAUGAAGCGUUACCCAAACUUUCAUAUUGUGUUACAUCCCUUCUAGAAUGCUAAAUAAACCACCAAGGACAA